AAAGGCAAUCCAUCAGGUCUCAACAAAAGUGCCCCUCUGUUCCGACGAUGGCUAUCUCGUGUUGCAUGUGCGGCGCUCAGAUCGAGGCCAAUGCCAUGAACAUGUGCGCGUCCUGCAUCGCGACCGAGGUGGACGUGGCCGAGGGUAUCGCCACGACGUGCGAACUGGUGCAAUGCCGCGGCUGCCUGCGCUUCCAGUCGCGCGGCAAGACGCAACAGUACAGUAGUGUGUCAGGUGCGUGGCUGGACUGCGACUGGGAGUCCAAGGAGCUCAUGGCGCUGUGUCUCAAGAGCAUCCCUGGCCUCAACAAGGCCAAACUCAUCGACGCAGGUUUCAUCUGGACCGAGCCGCACUCCAAGCGCGUGAAACUGCGCCUCACCCUGCAGCGAGAAGUGGCCAAUCACGCCGUGAUCCAGAACACGUGCAUCUUCACCUUCGUCAUCCACAGUGUCAAGUGUCCGGACUGCACCAAGCAAUACCACAAUAACACAUGGAAAGCGCUCGUACAGAUCCGUCAGAAGGCCGAGCAUAAGCGCACUUUUCUUCGACUUGAACAGGAGAUCCUCAAGCACAACGCACACCAGGACGCUAUCGGUAUCACGGCCGUGAAAGAAGGAAUGGAUUUCUACUUUGGUACCAAAUCCAUAGCUGAACGCUUCAUCCACUUCUUGUCGGCUCAUGUGCCUAUGCGCUCCAAGUCUUCCAGUAAACUCAUCUCGGAGAAUGUGCACAACUCGACGGCCAACUUGCAGCUCACCUACAGCGUCGAGCUGAGUCCCAUAUGCAAGGACGACUUGUUAGUGCUGCCCAGGAAGUUCGCGCAGAGUUGCGGUAAUAUCUCGGACGUGACGUUGUGUGCUCGCACCACGUCCAUGGUGCACUUGCUGGACCCAGUAUCUGGCCAGAAGGCCGAGCUCCCGACCGACAGGUACUGGAAGUUACCGUUCCUGCCACUCGCUACGAGCUCCGAUAUGGUCGAGUUCGUCGUGCUGGAUGUGGAGCCUGUGGAUCCGCGUGAAUUGCGCCACGUCGGACCCGCUCCGAUCUCGGGCAGAGGACACAAGUCCAAGUUCGUGGUGGCUGACGUGGAGGUGGCUCGUGAGAGCGACUUUGGCGUGAAUGACACGACGUUCCACGUGCGUACGCAUCUUGGUGGUGUGUUGUCUGCAGGUGAUACGGUCAAAGGUUACGACUUGUCGUCCGCCAUCUUUGGCACGAGCCAGACGCACACGCUGAAGGAAGAACUACCUGAUCUCGUGCUGGUGCGGAAGGUCUACCCACGUGAAAACAGACACCACAAGGGCGACCGCAAACUCAAGACGUUAGGUGCCAGUCGUCGUGGCAAAGUCAGUAAGGCCGAGACAGCACGCAUGGAGCACGAGAUGGAGGUGUUUACUGAAGAAUUCCUCGAGGAGGAGGAGCAAGAAGAGGGUGUUGACGAUGAGGACGAGCACGAGGAAGAGGACCUCCCUGAAGAUACUGAAGACAUGUCUGCUAGUGUGGAGGAACAGACAGCAGCUAUGGAGCAGCUCAAUCGGCCAUAAGAAGAGCUUAUGCUAGGAGGACACAAGUAUAUCAGUAGCACCUUGGUUUAACACUUUUUUACCAGCCAUACUUGGCGUACGUUUCCCUCUUUGUUUUCAAUGAGGCCCCACG